GUGUGUUUUGGUUAAUAGACUUAGCGACGUGGUGAUUAGUGCCAAAGAUUUUGAUUGCUAUUGUACCUUCACCCUCGCUAGAAUCGCACACUUCCACUUAGAUGUCUUCGCUGGACUACAAAGCAGCACUGCUGCUGGCUUUUAUCGCCUGCGCCAGUGCUCAGCGCGUCGUGCCGGGAGUGAAUCCCCAGCACUAUCAACAAGUGCCGCAGCAAGUACCCCAGCAUCAUCCGCCGCCGCCGCAACACCAACAGCAGCAAUAUCAAAAUGUUGCUCCCGGUGUGCCGCCCCAGCAGUACCAAUACGAACAAGUCCCUGUCCAGCAGCAGCAACAACAGCAACAAUAUCAGCAAGUGCCCGUGCAGCAGCAGCAAAAUCAGCCUGUACAGCAACAUCCACCUCAGGGCCAGCAUGCGCAACAAGUGCAUCAACAGCAGCAGCCCGCCGGAGCUCAUCAUGGCCACCAUGGUCCACAACAAGUGCUAAACACUGGCAACAUACAGCAUGAGCGGGCACACAUUCAGGAGCACAUGCAGGUGCCCAUCGAUACGAGCAAAAUGUCCGAAGCUGAGCUGCAAUUUCAUUACUUUAAAAUGCACGACUCUGACAACAACAACAAAUUGGAUGGCUGCGAACUCAUCAAGUCGCUGAUACAUUGGCAUGAGCAAGGCAGCAAGGAGCAGCCAAACGGCGAGAAGCCACAUGUUGAGGAGAAAGUUUUCUCCGACGAAGAACUUAUUGCGCUGAUUGACCCGAUUCUGCAAAUGGAUGAUACAUCACGGGAUGGCUAUAUAGACUAUCCAGAGUUUAUCAAAGCACAACAGAAGGCCAGCGAAAAGCAUCAGCAAAAGCAGCAGGAGCAACAACAGCAAGCGCAACAGCCGGUUCAUUAAUUGUGGUGUCCCAGUCAGACACAGACACACCUGCCACCUAAUCUAGCUUUGUUAUGUCUUUCAUAACGAAUGUCUCAUACAAUACAUACUCUUGAUUUCGCUUCACAACAUAUUGACAACAUCCACUACAGUGCACAUCGGUUCAAGCGCAAAUUCAAAAAGAAUUUUUAAACAAAUAUUUGUCGUGCUUUAAGCAUUCCAAUCGGGCAACUUAUCUGAACAAACUUUUAUUUAUUUACGAGACUUUUAUAAUUCCUACCAAUUCGAUUAGCACACUAGUGUAUCUCUAAGUUGUCUGUGCAAUUCAACGGCAUGUUUUUGUUCGACAAUC